AUGGUAAAUGUGACAGGGCUUGGGAACUUGGUCUGCGGACUACGUACUCCCUUCACUACAUACAUACAAACGAUGGACCAAUUCGUCGCAACCAUCGGCGAGGAAGUCACCGACGCCGAGGAGGAAGCUUUCCUCCUCUUCGCGCAGGACAUCCCCUCCGCCAACCUAGGCUUCGUCGACUCCCGCGCGGCAACGGUCGACCUGGUGAUCGGCGAGCACGAGUACUGCAUCCAUCAGUCGCCCACCUUGCUAUCCUCCAGUCGAGCCGGGGGCACGACUGGCGCCGUCCUCUGGAAAAUCACCCCCCUCUUCGCCAAAUGGAUUUCCUCCCCUUCCAAUCCUCUCUGGACGCAUUCGCUUCUCUCCGCCGCCUCGGUCGUCGCCGAACUAGGCUGCGGCAUCUCCGCUCUCCUCGCCCUGACCCUAGCGCCGGCCGUGCAGCACUACGUCGCCACCGACCAGGAGUACGUGCGCCGACUCUUCCGGACGAAUCUAGACGCCAAUGCUGCACUGAAUGUGUCGUCAUCAUCUAAAAGCAAAGGCAGUACUAAAACAAAAGGUAGGCCCGGACAGGGGAAAAAGCAACAACAACAACAACAAAAACAACAGCCCGCAGCAGUAGUAACGAAUAAUAUCACCUUCACAACCCUGGACUGGGAACUUGAUCAGCCCGAGCUGCUGAAAAGCUGCAUCGAAUCCGACAAUGCCCAUAUUCAUGCCCAUGCCGGCGAAGAAGAGGAAGAUAAAGGCUUCGACCUCCUCCUCUCCUGCGACUGCAUCUACAACGACGCCCUAAUCACCCCCUUCGUGCGCACCUGCGCCGACCUCUGCCGGCUACGGCCCGGCGUGGGUGAAGCCUCUUCACCGAAAGAGCCGCUUCUCUCCUCCUCGACCGCGAGCUCCUCUCCACGCAACCCCACGAUCUGCAUCGUUGCACAGCAACAGCGGUCGCCUGAGGUAUUUGAAGCUUGGUUGCGGGAGACCCUGCGCGAGUUUCGCGUUUGGAGGGUGAGUAACGAGGUUUUGGGGGAGGGGUUGUGUGGCGGGACGGGGUUUGUGGUGCAUUUGUUAUUAGUGAGGAAUAGACAUGAGACCUGA